AUGUGGGCCGCCUAUGUCACUGAAGAUUCUAUUGGCCUUGUUGACAUCAUCAAUUCUGUCCAUGAGGACAAUAGCACCAACCUUGUCAGCGACAUCUAUGGAGGAAGUUCAAUUUUUCGAAAGUCGUGGCCUGUCUCGUGACGAAUUUUUUCCAACGUCUGGCAAGAAUAGGCGUUUGACGCCCAAACAUAUGUUGUAGAUCCGAGGUGGUAUGAAUUCCGAGCCGAUAUAAUGAGAAAAGGAAGAGGUUCUUUGGACAAGUCGAGUUGUACUCGUAAAUUUUCGAGCUGGUGCAACCAAUCCGUCGUCAGACGAAAUAAAAACAAGGUAGAAAGUCAGUUUUUCGCACGUAGGCAGAAUGGUAUUUCCCACAACACAAAAGAUACUUUAAUGGCCAUUUUUGGCAUGUUAGUCGUCGUAAGCCAGUCAUACCUAACCCCGAAUUGUGGAACACCCGACGAUCGAACGCGCGAUCUGUUAGUUAGAAGUCCAACGCGCCUAACGACCGGACCACGUGCCUGUUGUCCUGUCUGUUGCGACCGGGAAUAUAAAAUGGUAGAGGGACGCUCAGCGUUCGUUUCUACGAACCUCACUCGUCCCGUUGUACCUCGGACCUCUCUCUUUCUCUCGAGCCUAACCAGCAGCCACAUAGCGACGCAUGAUGUAGACAUAAUGUUAUUAAGAACGGUCGCCGCCGUGUGGCUGCCGACUGGACUCCAGAGCAAGCCCUGACGCACAACGGGGCGAAUGAGUUUCUUAGCAAUAAUCGGUGAGCACCCCCUACCAUUAUAUAUACAUAGAGUGCAUGGGCUAAUUCAAGAAAUGUCGACCGAAAUUCCUAACUGUAUUCUGUGUAAAUAUGCAUCACAUGAAGAUCAACAUUGCGUCCAUAUCGUUCUGAAAUUGAUAAUUAUCCCACGAAAUCCUCUUUAAUCUGCAUCAGCAAGCCUGCCGCCAAUAUGCUAUUUGAAAAAUGCGUUUGGAAUGCCCGAUUCUUUUCCAAUAACGAGUUCUUUUUAAACAGACGGACCCUUGCCUUCCAAUUCAGCGUUUGAUGCGGUGUAAUGUUCGAUACUACAAAUAUAGUGCAUGGCCCUUUCAAUCGAAGCCGUAAUUAUUUCCCAAAUAUCUCAAACUAUGAUAUAAACUGGGGAAUGAAGCGAGCCUCUCUUCAGCAAAACAACCACCUGUUCCGUCAUGCAGGAGUGAAUUGUUACUGAAAUACAUCUGUCAUGAUUGCUAUCCCCUAUCACAACCGACGGAACACGGACCCGUUGCUCAAUGGCGCAGUGUCAAACUCCAUGGCUAAAUAUUCAGGGUUCGAGUCCCAAGUGAUCCACACUUAGGGUUGGGUAUGACUGACUGAUGACAGCUAAUGAGUCAGAAUUGGCCACUCCGGUCCCUCCCAGUUUUUGUCGGUACCAUGUCAUAUCCUUCUUAUACACGUCACUGUGCGACUGCCUGAGAGGGUUCUAGUAUGAUCCCCGAGGCACAGUGGAAUAAGCACGUUCCGUAACCUGAUCAGUGAGUGCCCAUCUGUAAUUAUGCAUAUUUGUUGACUUGUUUUUUGUUUACUACCCCAAAGACGUAUGUACAAUAGUUUGGUGCCAUUGCAAAUCAGAAAAAUCCGUUAAAAUCGACAUUUGAACUCUCACUGUUGUGAAUUAAAAUCUCUGCAUUAAAAUGACCAGUGAAAUCUAGAGAUGGGUGGAGACUGUCACCAAACGAAGUACACGGACUUCAUGGGGGAUAAGACAGUCGCCACUGGUUGAAAUAGCACCGAUAAGACUGGGCAUGUUCUACAGCGACUUGUAAAUUGCGAGAGUUCAAUCGUGAAUUCCGAAGAUGACCAUCGUGUGCUCUACAACUAGGUGAGAGCAGGAACGAUGAUUUAUGCGUGAUUUAUAUUAUAGUGAAUGUAGACUUGCACAGCGUCAUCCUCACUGCUUCCUCCUCCCCACCUGGAUCCGGCGUCAAGACGGGGAGAAGAAGGCUGGAUGAAUGGGAGGGCGCAGGUGGACGGCACGAUAGAGCCCGCAUCUUGGCGAUCCACUGCACACGUCCUGGUCCACACUGCAAAUGAUCAGGUUUUUGACCAACAGCAACAAUGAGGGGAGACAGGGGUACCAGUGUGCAUGACUUUCACCUGCGACCUUGAAGACAGCAUGAUUUUCCACCAAAGGAGUAUAACAAUGCAUAUUUUUUGCACGUCUUCUACAAAAUAUAUUUGAAUUUAUAAGGCCAUCGAAAAUGAAUGUGAAAAAUUCAUGUUAUUUGAGCAGUCAAUUUUUACCGGAUGUGACCUCUGUAGUAGGUGACAGCAGGGACUUUUGCGCUGCCGAACAAAAAUUGAGUCUGUAUCUUUUAAUGAAGCGACGGUUCGCAUAGAGCUAAUGACGCUAAAUGAGUCGAAAUCACCAGGUCCAGACGACAUACUGCCUAAGUUACUGAAGGAGCUCUCUGCCGAACUAGCCAAACCAUUGUCCAUGCUUUUCCAAGCCUCGUUCGAAGACGGCUGCUUGCCCGCCGACUGGAUAUCUGCGCGGAUCACACCACUGCAUAAAGGAGGCAGCAAGGCCUCUGCAAACAAUUACAGGCCAAUUAGCCUCACAUCUAUCUGCUGCAAACUCAUGGAGAAAAUAAUCAAGCGAGAGCUGAUGCGCUUCCUAGUGCAGCAUAAUUUAUUAUCUGAUGCGCAGCAUGGGUUUCGUAGCGGCAGGUCUUGCGUGACUAAAUUGCUCAACUGUUUGGAACGUUGGACUCGGCCAGUUGAUGAAGGCAAUGCGCUGCAUGUAGUAUAUAUCGACUUUAAAAAGGCAUUUGAUAGUGUCCCACAUCAGCGACUCCUGCACAAACUGAGCCCAACAGGCGUAAGGGGUAACCUCUUAAAAUGGAUUCAAAGCUUCCUAUAAGGCCGUUCUCAAACUGUCCAUGUCGGUGGCCAGCAGACGACGGAGGUUGCAGUUGAAAGCGGUGUUCCGAAAACCUCACAUCUUGGUCCCACUUUGUUCAUUAUUUACGCCAACGAUUGAGUAAGUGAACUGGAUUGUGGUGUCGCAAUGUUUGCGGAUAACAUUAAGCUCUGGAGCGUUAUUCGAACUGCCGACGAAAAAGAGCAUUUGUAGGCGAACCUAAAGCGACUCCAACAGUGGUCAAAGGACUGGCUUCUGCCGUUCAAUGAGAAAAAAUGCAAUAUUCUACGAGUCGGCAUAGCUCGCUAACCGAACCAUAUGGCCUACUGCCUGAAUGGUAUACCACUGCAAGAAGUGGACUCGCAGAAGGACUUGGGAGUACGGAUUACGACCUCGCUCAAACCCUCGUUGCACUGCACGAAGAUAGCCAAGUUUGCAAUGUCAGUCCUCUACCUUGUCAAGCGGGCUUUCUCCGCCUUUGAUGAAGACUGCUUCGCUAAAGUCUUUCGAACUUUUUGCGGCCGCAACUAGCAUUUGCUAUCCAAGCUUGGAGACCCUGGACCGCGAAGGACCUCAGCAUCCUCGAAAGGGUUCAAAGGCGUGCAACGAAACUUUUUGCAAGACAGGGUUCACUACCAUAAGUAACGCGGUUAGCUAACCUUGAUCUAUUUCCCUUGAGUUACAGGCAGUUACGGGAUGACCUGAUACAAGCCUUCCGUAUAAUACGCGGUCAGGACUGCAGCCUCGUACCGGGGGACUUCUUCGAGUUAGCAACCACCGCAAAUCUACGAGGUCAUCCAUUUAAACUACGUGUGACAGGGGCCAGACUGGACACACGAAAGUUCUUCUUCUCCAACAAAGUGAUAGAAGCCUGGAAUGCCCUGCCUGUGGAUGUCGUAAUGUCUCCUUCUUGACAAAUUCCUUUGUUAUAAUACUACUUGCCUACAUCGUCUACGAUUGCUGACAUGCGCGUAUGCAACUUUUGUCACCGGGUAUAUUAUUUAUUUCCCUGCACUCGAAACGACCGCUGUACAACUGCCUGUACCCCUAACAUUCGAGACAGUUUGUUUGUCUGUACCGAUCUGACGCUUUUCGGAUCAUUUGUUCCCUUUAUGAUACCUUUUCGAGUUUUUUAGAUUUUGCAGUUGCUUGUAAACAAGUAAGGAGUUCAAAGGUGAUGACCUACAUUUCUCUAAAUAAACUGAACUGAACUGAACUCCUUAAAUAACUGGUAUUCGUAAUUGAAAAUGAAGGGGUUCAAUACACGCACAUUCCGACAUUUAUACCGUCACUUUCGAUGACAUUCAUAACUGACCCACGCGAUAAGCCCAGUAAUGUCGAAUGUCUAGGAAUUGCGCAGUAUUUUCCGCCUUCCCCCCUUUGUCACCCACACUGAUCCCAUACAAGAACGUAGCCAUGUCAACGAAGGUUUGCAACAAAGCGUUGGCUGACUGAGGUAAACAGUCCAUCUUCGCGUGCGACACACGAUCAGGCCCUUACCUCAUGCAUUAGACAUCCGAAAAGCGCGACAUGCGUCUGGCAUGAAAACAUGUGUCAUAAAUUACGCAUUAAGAAUGAAUACAUAAAUUCCGAACUUCGGUAAACGGAAGAUCAUAUCUUAGCCUGUCCGGUUAAUUUCUAGAGCGUUGAAAUUAUGGUGGGCAAGAUGGUCUGAUGCACGAUGAUUAUGCAGUUACGUGUGUCAACUUCGCUUCCUCUUUCCUCUCCCAAGCACCAAUGGCUUGUCUUUUCUGGCAGAGGGGAUUGAGCAGUUAGACGGCGCCGACAGUCGAUGUGCGGAAUGAAUAUGAAGGGGAGAGAGAGUGAUUUUGAUGCUGGGGAAUCGAUUCCCACGGCACAUCUGCGCAUUCCUCACUAUUGUGGAGCUGGUCUGUUUGAAUCUAUGCUAAGGCGCUAACAGUCACGUCUGGAAAGGCCGCAAACAGACGAGAUAUCUCAACCCCCCUCAGAAGUAAGAUUCAAACACGUCGGUUGCGUUGCAUUGUGACCUCAUGUGAUCCACUCACGAACCUGUGUUCUGAACCAUCAAGUUACUCUCAAUAUUCCCACCUAUCUGUGGGACACACGGUGGAUAUCGUUGGAAUCGAGAUUUGCACUCUCACUGUCGUGAAUUAUGAGCUCUGCAUUAAAACGACCGGUGAAAUCUAGAGAUGUGUGGCCAAUAUCACCAGGCGAAGUUCAGAAGACGAAGAUGCGAUCACUGGAACAAGAAAUCGAUUGGCCUGACGUUUCGGAUUCUUACUCGAAUCCAUCUUCAGAGACAGUUGUAUAUGAAGGUGAUGGUGGCACAAGGAGUGCAGUAUUUAAAGCACGUGGCUGCCGUGGGACCAUAUGCGCACUGUAAUUAACAGCUCUCGCAAUCACCGCUGGGGUCGUAAUUGAUGCGGUGGUGGCUUGUCAGUCCGCGUCCGAGUCGUUAAUUGCCGUGCUGGAUGCUGGUGUGACGAUUGAUCGGCAAAUUGGCUCACUGUCAUUGUGAUAAUUGCUCGCCCGCGCCCUCCCCACAAGACUGAUUUCCCUGCCUAGGGAAAAUCGCAGCACGGAAUAUGGUACCGGGAGGUCAUUGCGCUUGUUGAUGGAUUGCGGGCCGAAAGACCCACUGCCACGGCAGGAGACGUCUGGAGUCGUUUACCGGAUCUUUUACAGUUGCGGACAAAGCAACUACGUCGGAGAAACUGGGAGAUUACUCCGCACGCGAAUUGCCGAGCACGCAGUAGCAGUGAGGGAAGUGAAUGCAGACUUGCACAGCAUCAAACUCCCUUUCCCCUCCUCUCCACCUAAACCCGGUGUCAAGACGGGGACAAGAAGACCAGGGGAGUGGGAGGGCGCAGGUGGAUGGCACGAUGGAGCCCGCACCUUGGCGGUCCAAUCCACACAUCCUGGUCCGCACAGCAAAUGACCAGGUGUUUGACCUACAACAAUGGGGGGGGGGGGGCGACAGGGGUCCCAGUGUGCACGACCUCUGCCGGCACUGGGGUCUGCCAACUGUUCGGAGUGCCUUCACUCCCAAAAACAAGAACCAACCAAUCACUGGACAUCACGUACGUUUACUCUCUCUACAGCGCCGUCAUCUUAAACGGGCGCCUCUCCAUUGGCUACUCCCUCUUCCCGAAGGUCAUUGGGUCGAAUGCCGGCGAACCACAGUAGGGUGUUAUAAAUAUGCGUAACCUUUCAGCUAGUUGCGACUUGCAGUGUUUCUCGAAUACACUGGUGGUUCGCAGUCUGUUGAUCACACUGCCGGCAGCAUCACUGAAUUCUUGUCUGACCCACAGGCCCAUAUCACCAUUGAUUCCUGGUACACAGGAUACGAGGACUUGUUCUCUGUCGAUCUGGCUGCCCAGAACGAUGCAUGGAAGGUUCGACUGCUACUUCGCAAACUGGGUCUGGCUGAACACGAGCGUUAUGCUAACUUCAUCCUCCCCAAGGAUCCCCGAGAAGUCACUUUCAAGGACACGGUUCAGACGUUGUCGCAGAUUUUUGGUGAGCAAUCAUCCCUUUUCAACACUCCAUUUCAGUGCUUGCAACCGUGCAAACGAAAUUCCGAUGAUUUCAUCCCGUGUGCGGGCGUUGUCAAUCGUAAGUGUGGGCAUUUUAACUCGAUUCUCUUACUAAAGACCAGUUUAAAUGUCUUAUAUUUAUCUGCGGCCUCCAGUCCACCAAGGGUUUUGAUAACCGGGCACGUCUCCUGACCAAAGUGCAACAGAACAACUCUAUCACACUCCAAGAGCUGGCAGCAGAGUGCCAAACGCUGACCAACCUCAAGCACGACUCUGCAAUGAUUUAG